AUGGCCGACAUCGCAAGCAGAAUAGCCGAAGCCCGGAAGGAAGCAGAAACUUUAAAAGAGAAGAUUAAGAUGAAAAAAGAUGGAUUAGCCGACACCUCUUUGAGAGCAAUGGCAGCUGAGAUUGACCCUCUACCUAGAAUUGUAAUGAAAGUUCGUCGCGUCCUCAAAGGACAUCUUGCCAAGAUUUAUGCAAUGCAUUGGGCAUCAGAUAAACGUCACCUUGUUUCUGCUUCACAAGAUGGUAAACUUAUCGUCUGGGACGCUCCUACAACAAAUAAGGUUCAUGCUAUUCCCCUUAGAUCUUCAUGGGUUAUGACUUGUGCCUACGCACCAUCUGGCAACUUUGUUGCUUGUGGUGGUUUGGACAAUAUUUGCUCUAUCUAUAAUCUUAAAACGAAAGAAGGUUCCGUUAAGGUUGCACGAGAAUUGAAUUCUCAUACAGGUUACCUCUCAUGCUGUAGGUUUCUUAAUGAUAGGCAAAUUUUGACAUCAUCAGGUGACAUGACUUGUAUGCUUUGGGAUAUUGAUGCUGGCAUGAAAACUUUAGAGUUUAAUGAUCAUACUGGUGACGUAAUGAGUCUGUCUCUUGCCCCAAACCAACAAAUAUUUGUUUCUGGCGCCUGUGACGCUAGCGCAAAAGUCUGGGAUAUCAGAACUGGUCGUUGUGUACAAACAUUCACAGGUCACGAAUCAGAUAUCAAUGCUGUUCAAUUCUUCCCAAAUGGUGAUGCAUUUGGAACCGGUUCUGAUGAUGCAUCUUGUAGAUUGUUUGAUCUUCGUGCUGAUAGGGAACUUAAUCAAUAUACACAUGAUAAUAUCCUCUGUGGUAUUACCUCCGUUGCAUUUUCUAUCUCUGGCCGUCUCCUUUUUGCAGGUUACGAUGAUUUCAACUGUAAUGUUUGGGAUACAUUGAAGGGUGAACGUGUUGGUGUUUUAGCAUCACACGAGAAUCGUGUUAGUUGCUUAGGAGUAUCAAGCGAUG